CAAGUAAAAGAUAUAAUGGAGUGUGCCAGUCGCAUUGAAGUAGACAGACACCCAGAUGUGCUGGGGCUGUGUGCAGAAGAUCUCCUUCCAUGGUGACUGACCACUGCCGACCCAGCCAGACGGGAGGACCGGCACUGUGACCCCAAUGGCCUCUCCCAGGACAAUCACCAUCGUGGCCCUCUCGGUGGCCCUGGGGCUCUUCUUUGUCUUUAUGGGGACCAUCAAGCUGACCCCCCGGCUCAGCAAAGAUGCUUACAAUGAAAUGAAACGAGCCUACAAGAGCUAUGUCCGUGCCCUUCCCAUGCUUAAGAAAAUGGGGGUCAGCUCCAUCAUGCUCCGCAAGAGCAUCGGUGCCCUAGAGGUGGCCUGUGGCAUUGUCAUGACGCUGGUUCCAGGGCGCCCCAAGGACGUGGCCAACUUUGUGCUUCUCCUGUUGGUCCUGGCAGUACUCUUCUUCCAUCAGCUGGUGGGUGACCCACUGAAACGCUAUGCCCAUGCCUUGGUCUUCGGGAUCCUGCUGACCUGUCGCCUGCUGAUUGCCCGUCAGCCGGAGGAGCAGCUGCUGGAGAAGAGGACCCUGGCAGUCAAUGGCGAGGAGCAGCCAUUCCUUGCAGAGGCAGCUCCAGAGAAGGGCAAAAUCAAGGUGUCCUAGUGGGGGACCUACGAGGGACACGGACCCUCCCAGCAGCUCUCUCUCUCUCUCUUUCUCCUAAACGCCUAAAAAAAAGAUUGCCAUUUCUUUUCUUUUGGUUUUGUAAAGGGUUGCAAUUUGGAGCAUUGGGGAUAAACUUAGUUUGCAGGCUAACCAAGAACUUGGCUUCUGCACACCAACCCUCUAGAGCUGCUCUCUCCUGUACCCCCUACACAUGUAGACAUGGUUUAAUUUUCUGAAUCCAGAGAACAAGUGUUUCUGUGUUGAGUGUGUGAGUGUGCGUGUGUGUAUGAGAAAGAUGGCUGAAUUGCUUAAGUUGAGCUGCCUUUGCAACAGCUUGUAUUCUUCAAGAGCAAAAAGGAGCACAGGGGUCCGAAUCCUGUGAUUUGCUCACUUCUCCAAGCCUAUCCCCUCUUUGCCAAGCUCCUAGCACUGGAGGGGAUGAACUUUGUCCAGAAAGGAACUUUUUGUCCUGCUUCACAAUGAGCCAAGCACUGCAUCCCACCCACCUCUUUCAGCCAAGUUUCCCCCCCAAAAAAUGCUGUAUGCCCCAUAAUAAACCCUGUUGAUUACCCAAACAUCUGUCUGUGCUGCUGCCAAAAAGAUCAGAGACCGUUCAUUGCCUGCCUACAAGUAAACGUGCUUUUCCAGCAUCCAGUCGCUCAGGCUUGAAAGAACAACAGGGUACCACGGCUGGGUGGGUGAGGGCUUGAAGCAAAGGACAGCCUCCUUUUCCCACUGCACUUGUCAAUCUGAUGAGCUAAAACAGAAGCAGGAGUCCCUGAUCAGCUCAGUUAGGGCUGCACUUGGAAAGAGAACAGGAGGACAGGGGGAAAUGGUCAUGAGAAAAAAUGUGUUUUUUAAAAUGUGUUGCCUUUCUUGGUAUUGUCUGGUUGACAUCCUCCGUUCCUCCCCCUUUUUUAAUUUAAAAUAAUAAACUUUUUGA